UAAAAAGAGCAAUUUAUCUAUUAUUUAAAUAGCGAAUUUUCAAGUUCGAGUCGUUGCAGUGCCAAAAGGAAUUUAAAUAAGCAACAAUUGACAAUUUUAGUGGAAAAUUUUCAAAAUCAAUUAUGCCAAAUUAGAAAUUCUCAUCAUGGUCAAAGUAACGCCGCUUGACGCGAAAAUUGCACAAACUAAUGAGGAAUUAUCGCACGAACCACUCAACCUCUCUCGAUACCAGACGAAAAAAUCAAUUGCCCAGGGAAUGCUCGACAUAUCGUUGCUAACGGCAAACAUUUCACAGCUGAAGUAUGUCCUACAAGUGGGACAUAAACAUGAAUUUUAUACAUUAUUAAUCAUGUUGCUUAGUGUCGUUAUAUUUUUGCAGAUGAGCACGGGCGUGCUAAACUUGUCAAUGAACUUAUUAAAUGAUUGCAAUGUGAAUGCGAGACACACGACAAACAACAAGCCCAAUGCCGCCGAUAAAUCAUCGAACGUAAUUAGUUUUAUUGUAACGGGAUCGUCGUUUUUAGUGGUUGUUAUAAAUUUGCUGAUUUCUGCAUUUGAUCCGACAAUUUUGCGCUACAUUGAAAUGCAAUGAAUUGUGUAAUAAUAAUAAUCAUCGCGUUAUUAUUGUAAAUAGUCGUAUUGACAUUCAGAGCCGAGGGAAUUGAAAUAUUACAAGUACUUGCGAGUACAAUGUGAAAAUACUACUGUGAUGAUGAGCUUCAUUUAUUAUUUAUCGUUUAAUAAGUUGAAAAUUUCGUUUGAAUUUUUUUCAAUCGAUAGCAUUCCCGUUUACGUUUCAA